GCAGCGCGGCCUAGCGCGGGAACGGGGCAGGGUCGGAGUAGAGGGGAUGGGAAUCCACGGCUUGGCCAAGCUGAUCGCCGAUGUGGCGCCCAGCGCCAUCCGGGAGAACGACAUCAAGUCGUACUUCGGGCGGAAGGUGGCCAUCGAUGCCUCCAUGAGCAUCUACCAGUUCCUGAUAGCUGUGCGGCAGGGCGCCGAGGUGCUGCAGAACGAGGAGGGCGAGACCACCAGCCACCUAAUGGGCAUGUUCUACCGCACCAUCCGCAUGGUGGAGAACGGCAUCAAGCCUGUCUAUGUGUUCGAUGGCAAACCACCACAGCUCAAGUCCGGGGAGUUGGCCAGGAGGACGGAACGCCGCUCUGAGGCCGAGAAGCACCUGCAGGAGGCUCAGGAGGCGGGCGAGGAGACCAACAUUGAGAAGUUCAGCAAGAGGUUGGUGAAAGUGACCCAGCAGCACACUGACGAGUGCAAGAAGCUGUUGAUGUUGAUGGGCAUCCCCUAUGUGGAGGCGCCAGGGGAGGCGGAAGCCAGCUGUGCUACACUGGUGAAGGCAGGGAAGGUGUACGCGGCCGCCACAGAGGACAUGGAUUGCCUGACCUUUGGGAGCCCUGUGCUGAUGCGGCACCUCACUGCCAGUGAGACAAAGAAGCUGCCCAUCCAAGAGUUCCACCUGAACCGGAUCCUGCAGGACCUGGGGCUGACCUGGGAACAAUUUGUGGAUCUGUGCAUCCUCCUGGGCUGUGACUACUGUGAGAGCAUUCGCGGCAUUGGGCCGAAGCGGGCGGUUGAGCUCAUCAAGCAGCACAAAACCAUUGAGGAGAUCAUCCAGCACAUUGACACCAAGAAGUACCCCUUGCCUGAGAACUGGUUGCAUAAAGAGGCCCAGAAGCUCUUCCUAGAGCCUGACGUCGUCAACCCUGAUGACGUUGAGCUGAAGUGGACAGAGCCAAAUGAGGAGGAGCUCGUGCAGUUCAUGUGUGGGGAGAAGCAGUUCAAUGAGGAGCGCAUCCGCAAUGGGGUCAAGAGGCUGAGUAAGAGCCGCCAGGGCAGCACGCAGGGCCGGCUGGAUGACUUCUUCAAGGUGACGGGCUCCAUCACGUCGGCCAAACGCAAGGAGCCUGAAACCAAGGGGUCAGCAAAGAAGAAAGCCAAGACCAACAGUGCCACAGCCAAGUUCAAAAAGGGGAAAUAACUGGACUGGCCAAGCACAAGCCUCUGUUGUUAGUUUUCGUGCUCAGCUGAGAACUUUAGGCUAAUAAUAAAUAGUCAUCUUAAUGUUCUGCGGGUUAUUGCUGGGACGGGUGCUGUGUGUGUUGCUGUCAAAGUCCUUCCAACAUGGCUAGGCUAGUGAGGGAGAUGGCAGUCUGCUUCUGUAGCAGCUGUAAUGCAUGAGGGCGGGGAAGGGGCUGAGACAACUUCAGGUGAGGGGAGCUGGCCGAAAGUGGUGGGUGAAGACUGGAGCAGAUGCCUUCAGCAGUUCAGCUGCAGCAUUUGUCAGUUGAAGGCUUUUGACAAUGAGGCCACAGAAACUGGAUGUCACGCCUAGUCAAACAGCCCUCUGAUUUAAGUAACAAAAAAGUUAGACAGCUAGAGAGCAAAUCAGGCACGGCUGUUUGAGAUUCCUCCCUCACACAGCUCAUCCAUAAAGAGGCCAGAUGCAAGCAGCAGGAGCAGAAAACAGGGAAAGGUGAAUACAGGGCAAAGUAGAGUUAGGAGGAGAAUGAAAUAAUGAGGUAAGAUGCUUCCUUUAGUGAGAAUCUCAAGUGUGGGCUGCCUUCCUUUUUUGUAAUUUUUCUUUAAAAAAAAAAGAAGUUUAUUCUGGAUUCAAAAGUUCUGGCUUACUCUUAACGUCUGUAAACCAAGGACAAACAGCUAAAACUGCAGCACUGAAGCCCCAGUCUUCCUACUAAGCUCCAUUUAUGUUUAACAAGAAAAAUGGCAGUAAAGCUGAAGUCAAUAAAAUUCACCCCUUACUUUCUUGAGGCAUCCUUUCACGUUGUACACACAGGCACACAAGUCCCAGGCUAAGGAAAAAAAGAAAAGAUAUUACCUUUUUAAAUUAUUAUUUUGUUCUGUACUAAGCAUAACCUUUUACUUGUCAGAGUGAUCUGCUUUUCUGUUAUCACUGUAGUUUUGUUUUAGUUUUUUAGAGAAUAAAAUGCGUAUGCAAACAUGACCUUUCUCAAGUUCUCUGGAGCGGUAGCUUAAACCUUGUUGAGGGCUGUGCAGGUAACAAACUCCUGAUUUCAAAUGGAAACCCACUGGUGUAAAUCAGUGACAACAGCCAACAGAUGAAGCACAGGCUUGAAGGUGAAAUCCACGUUUUAAUCUUGGUGUUAAUGGUGGCUUUGGUGUGCUUGGUUGAUCUCUAUCAGCUGGUUGCUAAGUUAUAAAAGAAGCUGGGCUUGUUUCACAGGGGAAUUCCAUUGAUAUUACAAAAAUAACCCGGGAUU